GUUUUUUUUGGCUUUGUUAUGUUUUGACCAAAAAAAAAGAGAGAAAGGGAAACAAAGAGUGGGGAACAAAACCUAGGGCAAAAUUGACUGAUGUGUGUCACCCCCUCUCUCUGAAUCUCUUUUGAUCUGAUGAUGAUGAAGGACCCUUUAGCGAAGAGGAAGGUGGUGGUACGGCACUUGCCGCCUUCUCUUGCUGAGUCCGAUCUCUUAUCCCAAAUCGACUCUCGUUUCGGUGAUCGUUACUAUUGGUUCUCCUUCCGCCCUGGCAAGUCCAACUAUAGAACUCAGAAGCAUUCACGGGCCUACUUUGGUUUCAAGGCACCAGAAGAUGUUUAUGACUUUGCUUCCUUUUUCAACGGCCAUGUCUUUGUUAAUGACAAGGGUGCUCAGUUCAAGGCCAUAGUUGAAUAUGCGCCUUCACAGCGUGUGCCCAAACCAUGUUACAAGAAAGAUCCUCGCGAAGGCUCUAUUACCAAAGACCCUGAUUAUCUUGAGUUCCUCAAGCUCAUUGCUCAACCUGUUGAGAAUCUCCCCAGUGCUGAAAUCCAGUUGGAAAGAAGAGAAGUUGAGCAGUCUGGCGCUUCUAAAUCGGCUCCCAUUGUCACUCCUCUUAUGGAAUUCAUACGUCAAAAACGUGCUACUGUGAUUGGAUCACAGGGUUCAUUAGAUGGCCGAAGAGGAGGCAGGAGAGCCAGAGCAAUCUCUGCAAACAAGCCAAGUUCGAGACCUUCGAAACGAAACUCUGAGAAGAAAAAGUAUGUGGAAAAAGACAAUUCGAAAGGUGUGCCCCGGACGGCUUCAUCAGAUGCCGGCAGCUCCAAGCAAGAUUACAAUCAGGCAAAUUCAAGUGGAAAGGACAUACCUGCAACUGGAACUGCCUCUGUCAUUGAUAGCUCUCUCCCAGGGAUUGCAUUGACUAUGGAUUCUGGGAAGAAAAAGAUCUUGCUCCUGAAAAAAGACCGUGACAACCCUGUUAACUCUCCACAACAAGCGGAACAGCAGACGGAAGCUAAUCUCUCCGGAAGCUCCUCGACUUCAAGACAGAAUCAGAAGAUCGAUGUUGGUGGGAGGUUGAUCAAGGGAAUACUUCGGAGAAAUGAGACGCGGCCUAGCCAGGCUUCAUCUUUGGUCCAGCCUGAGCAAAGAGUGGAACCCACAGAAGCAGAAAACAACAAGCGUCCUCCUCGGCCAGCCAACAUUCGAGCAGGGAAAGAUUAUCAUGUUUCUGGUACCAACAGUGAAAAGCUAGAGAGGCGUGCAAGAAACAAGGACAGACCUGAUCGUGUUGUGUGGGCUCCUCGCCGUGCUGAUGGCUCCAAUAUCACCGAGGAUCAGCCUACAUCUUCAGCAGCAAACAAUGGAGAAGUGGUGAACUCCUCUGGUGGGCACACUCUUGAGAAUGGUUCUGCUAGACAUUCUAGUCGCCGUAUUGGAGCUCGCAAUAGAAAGGAAGACGGCUUUGCCAUGACUAUUGAGGGUAAAACAUCCCGGAGAGGUGGUGGUGGUGGUGGGGGUCCCAGUUCACAUGAGAAGCAAAUGUGGAUCCAAAAAUCAUCAUCCGGUACUUGAUAUAUUCGCUUUACAUAUGGCUUUAUGUAUCAAGCCAAUUCCAAUGGACUAUGAUGUCCUUCAACGGGAAUCUAUAGAUCUGAAUCGAAAUGGGGAGUAACACUAUCAACAUCACUCUUGGUUUUUGGGGACAUUUGGUCCAUCGUCGUAGGUCUUAGUAUUGCAGAUAAAAGAGACCCUUCUCAUAGUAGGAAUCAGCUCAAGAUUUAAGGUUUUAAGACAAGAAAGACUCGGUUGCUACUUGCUUUUGAAGGCUUUUAGCAAUUCACGGUACCUGCAUUCCCUUUUGGCUCGUGCUGUGUUACAGACAAGUGGGUGAGAAGUGACAACUUACUCCCGAGUCUUAAAGUAAUGAUUUAAAGUCAAAGUGUAUAGGGAGCAGGAAACACCUUACCGGGUUAUUAUUUUUGGUUCCUGAGAGGUCUCGGACUGUGAUUUGCAGGAUUUAACCAUAAUAGUUUUAUCACUUUUCUUGUGGGAAUUGGGUUUAUUUCAUCUGAUUGUUAUAUAGCUUAUAUUCUACCAAAAGAAUGUUUCG